CCCCACUAGAUGGCGAAAUAAUCACUAAUUCGCGGGAAAUCCUAAAUCAGUAAAAGUUUAUGUAUGUUGUUACUUUGUUUACAUUUAUACAAGCUGUAUAUUUUUAUUGAGUUCAAAAUUCAGAGGUGAUUUACCGUCGAACAGGCUUUGCACCCUUAGCCAACUCAGUGGAUAUGUCUGAUAACGACGAGUGCGACCUUGACAUGCUGAGUGCUCUGAUGGACGAGGACUCAAGCAAUGAUGGCACGGCAACCGCAUCCGCGAGAGAUGAAGCCAAGCUGCAGCAUGCAGAUGACAACAAGGAAGCAGAUGCUGCAGAAGACGAGAUCGACGAGGACACGCUAGCGGAGCUGUUUGCCGACAGCGACUACGAAGACGACCUCACGGCGCCACCUGUUGAGAAAAGUAGCAACCAAAAAAGUAGUUGCACACCCAACACAGAGAACGUCGGAAACGGCAUUUCCGACCCUCUCCAGCCGUGCAGCACGGCUUCCCCUGCUGCUGCUGCACCGGAGAAAUUCGCAAACGUCUUCGAUAGGAUGGCAGCAGAUGUAGAGGGUGCCAAGACGACUUCGGCGGGCGAGUCCAGCGAAGACAAGUCUAAGCAGGAUCUCGAAAGGGAGUUGAAGAUGAUGCGUGAGAAGAUGGAGAGAAUGCAGCAGCAGCUGAUGCAAGUGCAGGGCAGUCCACCGGCAGCACAGGGUACCUCGUCACUGGCGCAUCAGGGUACCCCAUCGUUGGCGCACCAGGGUACCACGUCGUUGGCGCAUCAGGGUACCACGUCGUUGGCGCACCAGGGUACCACGUCGCUGGCGCACCAGGGUACCAGGUCGCUGGCGCACCAGGGUACCACGUCGCUGGCGCAUCAGGGUACCAGGUCGCUGGCGCACCAGGGUAACUCGUCGCUGGCAUCACAGGGUACCACGACACUAACCCUAAAGAGUCCAUCUGCAGAUCCAUCAAAGAGGGCAGCACCGGUCUACACGGAGGUGGCAGAGAACCCUUUCUUUCCCAGCAAGAGCCCGCAACAAACGCCGCAGAGGAGGAGGAGCAAGGCGCGCGGGGAGAAGGUGGCACCACCAUCGGGCAAGACGUCUCGGCAGGAAACACAAGGCAGCAGUCUCGUGCACACCGGAGAAUCCGACGAGGAGAUGGAUGAGUACGGAGGAGGCGUGGUUAGAGAGGAACUCGAGGGACCUUCUCCGGAGCAGCAGUGGGGGAAGAACAAGCCGAGGGUGGCGCACCCGGCAAGCCUCAGCGACGAGGUGAUACCGAGAAGCAAGCCUGCAACUUGGAAAACUCCAGUGAACGUGAUAAGUUCCAACAGAAAGUUCUUAGGGGGAAGUACGUUCGUGAAGGAAGGAUCAAACCAAGUCGUCUGCCAGUGAAGCAAAAGAAGGAAAACUCCUACAUGGACGGCAUUCUCUAAGAUCGCUAUUGUGAACCCCCUAGUGUCGUCUGCCACGAUGAAGGAGAGGAUGAUGGGAAGGAAGAUGGUGAAGUUGUCGUGCAUACGAGGUCAGAUGCGAGGCGGGGACAUAGAGGGCGACUGGGUCACGAUGGGCGUCGUCAUCAACAAGACAAACCCGAAAACAUCAGCCAAUGGUAAAAAGUAUUCAAUAUGGCGACUGAGUGACCUUCAGGACUGCACGAAGGUCGUGGCCUUCUUUCUGUUUGGGGAUGUUCAUCAGCACCUGUGGAAAACUAGUCAAGGUUCUGUCGUGGGGUUCCUCAACGCAAGCUUUCUCGACAGUAAAGAAGGGUCGGAUGAGAUAAGCAUAAAGGUGGAUAACUGGCAGAAAGUAAUGCUGUUGGGGCAGUCUAAGGGGUAUUGGCUCUGGAUGGGGCU